AUUACUAAGCUUCUUGGGUCUGUUAAAGUAGGGGGGCACAUUUGGGACAUUUUAGACCGACUCUAAUCCUUUUUUCUCUACCACUUUCAAAUGGCACAAUGCCAUCCUCCCAUUGAUUAACAAGCUUCCUUUCUGGUCUCGCCUCCUUCAUUCUUAUUCGACGGAGGACACUUCACUGUCUUUUCUUCAGCACAGCCAUCCAAACUCCAUCAGAGUAACAUGUUGCCACUGGUGGACACGCCACUUGUUGAUGGGGCAGACAAAGAGUUGGAUUCUUCACAGCCAUGUUUUUUCAAUAGUCUCAUGGAUCUUUUGCCAUCAGUCUCUGAAGAAGAAGAUAGUAAUAAGUGGCAGGAGCAAAUGAAGUCCUUGCUUCAAGGGGUAAGAUGCUCGAAAGAAGAGAAGGAUGUUGCUCACCUGGGAUGUAUUCACCAUCUUGUUUCCAUCUGCAAAGAUUUUUUAGAAGGUCCGGAUUUGUUUAAUGAUAAGCCCGCCUGCUCAAAUUUGAGAAAGAAAUUCUCUUCUUGUGUCAAAGUAUUUAAGUUACUCAGAACUCUCACAAAAGAUUACCCAUGUACUUAUUUUGACAUCAAAUUGGUGAAAUCUAUUGCUUCUUUCGCUGAAACAUUGUCUGCUGUGUUCAGAGCAAGUUUUGAAUUUCCAAGCAGCGGCCAUGUUAUUGAGGGUAGUUUUGAAAGUCUCAUAAUUCUUUUGUUGGAAGAGUUUAUCCAAUUUGUGCAUGCGAUUUUUUGCAACACUACUGUGUUUCAGAACAUCCAAGUAUGUGUUGCAGCUUCGAUUUUGGAAAAUUUGGGUCCAGACUUAUGGAGGUACAACACGACUGUCUCCAACCCUAAGCCCCCGCUGGCUUACUUCCCCCGAGUUGUUGUUUAUCUAUUGAGGCUGAUUUUAGAUGUUAGGGAUCAGACAUAUCAGCUAUUUAGGGGUUUAAACAUGGAAUAUAUUAGCUGUGACACUGAUUCUCAAAUGGAGUCCCCAACAUGCAAGGUAAAUUCAGAUUCAGUAUUCGUGCUGAAGAAGUAUACAGUUGAGGAGCUUUUCAGAAUAAUGUUCCCCCCUCGAGUCCAAUGGGUGGAUAAUAUGAUGCAUCUUGUUUCUUUUCUUCACUCUGAAGGUAUCAGAUUGAGGCCAAAGCUCGAUGGAUCAUCCUCUACUGCCACGAAAGUAUCUGGUACGCCUGAGUUAGAAACCACAGUUUGUCAUGAAGAUGAAGCGCUCUUUGGGGACCUUUUCUCAGAGGGCAGUCGUUCGGUGGGUUCUUCGGACGGAUAUGAUCAAUCUGCCGUUGCAUCUAGUUCUGUUUCCAACUUCAGCAAUAUGCUAGCUGAAGCUGAAACCAAACUGCUCUCUUUUCUUAAGAACUGUGCUUUUGCUCCUGAUUGGUGUCGUCCUUUCUAUGAAGAUGGGUGCCAAAAGUUCAAAAGCAACCACUUUAGUAUUUUACUCUAUAUUGUUCAUUCUCAUACUUGUGAGCCUGAUGGAAAAAAAUCUGAUGCUGCUAAACUUGGGCUUGACUUGGUCAUUCAUGAACGUUGCAUUGAGCUGUUGCAUAGUCUUCUCUCUUUUCGUGCUUUACCUGAUUCACUCGAAGAAUCCCUCGUUGAGAAAAUCCUUGUUCAAAAUGGUGCACUUAUGUACAACAACCAAACUCUUGCCUUAAUUGCCCACACAAUUAUUUGUCGGGUGGGUAUGGCUGGUAGUCACUUGAGGUCCAAACUUUAUGAAGUUUUUGUUGAUUACAUUAAUGACAAAGCAAAAGUGAUAUCAUCAAACUGUCCUAGUAUUAAAGAGUUUGUGAGAGAUCUCCCUUCUUUGUUUCAUAUUGAGAUUCUUCUAAUGGCAUUUCAUUUAUCAUCUGAGGAUGAAAAGGCUGCACUUGCAAACUUAGUAUUUGCUAACCUAAGAGCUGUUGGUGAUCCUGCUGGUUUUGAUGGUACACAAAUGUCAUGCUGGGCAUUACUACUUUCACGUUUGAUUGUGGUGCUUCGUCACAUGCUGUACUACCCUCGCGGCUGUCCUUCAUUCUUGAUUACUGAAUUCAGAACCAAGUUGAGAGAAUCAUCUACAUCAGGGAUGCAUUCUUGUGGUCUCUCUUCUAAUAUUUCAUCUUGGUCUUCGGUUUUGCUGGAUGGUGUAACUAGUGCUUCAAUUAAAGAAGCACCUUUUAUCAAUGAGUUGCUGGAUCACCUUAUUGAUGUUGUACCUUCUGCUGCUGUAUGUAGAGAGUAUCCAUCUGUUGAAUGCUUGGGUUUGAGCUGGGAUGAAAUAAGCGCUUCUUUCUCCUGGAUACUAUCAUCCUGGAAAGGUCGAAAACCCAAAAAAGUGGAAGAUUUAAUUCUUGAAAGAUAUACUUUUGUGCUUUGCUGGGCAAUUCCAAAUAUGAAGUCAACACCAGACUAUCUGCUGCCUUUCUUGCAUGGCACAGUUGAUCCCGACAUUUCAAGUACUGAACAUUUUGUGUAUUUCGGUCGAGCCAUUUUGGGUCAUGCUGGUGGUAGAAUUGAUCAUGCUGCUUUUUCUAGAAUUUCUUUGUGCUUGCUUCAUCAGUUGCACAAUUCUCACGUUCCAGAAGAUGUUGGAGAGCUUGGCUGGGAUUUUCUGAGGUGUGGAUCUUGGUUGUCAUUGUUACUGUCCAUUCUAACCACUGGCAUAUGGGCUUAUUGCAGGAAGAUGUCCAUAACAUAUGUUGUCCCUAAGUGGACAGAGCAUGCAUCUAUAGAUACAGAUUUUUUUGCUUUAGGCGAUAGUGUGAUAUCUAUUAUAACUCCGGAACAAGCCACACAGCUUGUAAAUGUUAUCUCAUCUUUGUUGGAGAGAUAUUUGCAAGUCUAUCAGAAAGCUUUCCUUUUGACAUUUGAUAAUGGACAACGUUUUGCUGUGGGGAUGUCUCCCAUCUUUCUUUUCACACACACAGGGCUUGAUAAGUGCAUGAAAGAUGAGAUCUUUGAGAAGAUGGGGUUUAAACAAUGCCAAUUGGAGCCCCUUCAAGAGCUUAUAUCAAAGAUGGGUGUAGCUGUUGACAAAUUGUCUUUUGGAAUACGUUUUAAGGUAUUCUGGGAUUCUGUGCUGCAUGGUUUGCCUUGUCAUAUUCAGGCUCCCAGUGGAAUCCUUCUAUCGUCUAUCCUUAGUAUCAUAGAUAUAGUGACUGCUCUUAAUGGAUUGCUGAGAAUUGUGGAUGCUGGGGAAAUUACCUCCUUGGAGAGACAGACCAUACAGCAGAUCCUUGAACUGGUAUUAAGAAUCAAGGGGGACAGUGUUUUUGAAGGGAUUCAUGGGAUAUGUGAAGCAAUUUACCAAAACCUGACCAGAGACUCAGAGAGAUACGAUUAUAGCACUUUAUCAAUUAUAAAAUGUAUUGAAGAGGUUUUGAUGAAUGUGAACAAGAGAGAAGUUUGCAAUAGUGGUAUCCAUGAAUGCUUGGUUUCUAGUGCCAUAGACAUUGUUAACAAGCUGAAAAAAGAUCCUUCCGGAAGUGGAUUUUUCAAGUAUUUGCUCUCUGUGGAGGGUGUCUCUGAGGGGAUUAAGAAUCUUUAUGGCUCACAGCGCUGUGAUUUUUUGUUUCUGGUUGAGUCACUGGAGAAUUGUAACUCAGAAGCUGUCAAUGUGAAGGUUUUCAAUUUUUUUGUUGAGCUCUUAUCGGGGGACAUGUGUACUGACGUGAAACACAAAUUACAUAAGAAAUUUCUUGGAAUGAGUCCGCUUCACCUGUCAAAAUGGCUUGGAAGGAGGCUUUUAGGAUUCAUUGAAGGGACAGAUGGCGUUGCAUGUGCAAAAGGAGCAUCAAAUUCUCUAAGAGAAUCUACCAUGAAUUUCAUAACAUGCAUAACUUCCACGUCAUCUGAAACUCCAUCAGAUGAACUACACAGUCACAUAUUUGAAGCUAUGUUAAUUUCACUUGACAGUGCCUUUUUAAUGUUUGAUCCUACUACUGCAAAAUGUUAUUUCAAUUUGGUAGUUCAGACUUGCAGAGGGGAGAGAUCAAUCCGGGCACUUCUGCAGCGGAUCACAAUGCUGAUAGAGAAGCUGGCUGGUAAUGGACAUUUGCUUCAGGGGUUAAAAUAUAUUGUUGACUUCCUUGCAACUCUUCUAAGUGAUAGCAGCUCUAACAAGGAUUCUUUUGAUAAGCCAUCCAUGAAGUCUGCUUGUGGCCUUAGUUUGGGGGUGGGUCCUCCGGCUUCUAGAAUCCUUGGUUCCAGGAAGAAUGCUGAUGCUAUUUAUCUCUCUGCCAGUCAAGCUGGGUCAACAUCACUAGAGUGUGAUGCAACUUCUGUAGAUGAAGAUGAGGAUGAUGGAACAUCUGAUGGGGAAAUUGGUAGCAUUGACAAGGAUGAAGAUGAUGAUAACAACAGUGAAAGAGCUCUUGCAUCAAAAGUCUGCACAUUCACUUCCAGUGGCAGUAAUUUUAUGGAACAACAUUGGUAUUUCUGUUACACAUGUGAUCUGACAAUUUCCAAGGGUUGUUGUUCUGUGUGCGCCAAAGUUUGCCAUCGUGAUCAUCGUGUAGUGUACUCUAGAUCUAGUCGCUUUUUCUGUGAUUGUGGAGCAGGAGGUGUACGAGGUAGUACUUGUCAGUGCUUGAAACCUCGAAAAUUUGCUGGCAGUAACAAUGCUCCAAAUCGCGGUUCUGGCAACUUCCAGUCUUUCCUGCACUUCACAGGAAGUGGUGAUCAGUUGCCUGAUAGCGAGUCAGAUGAUGAGGGUAUUUUUGUGGACUCAGAGAAUUCUGUCAGGAUACCAUUUGCAAAAGAGCUUCAAGAGAGGAUGCCUAUCUUAUUGAGCGAACUUGACAUUGAAUCUCAUGUUAUGAGACUUUGCUCUUCAUUGUUGACCCCUAUCAUAAUCCGGAGAGAUUCCAGCCUCUCAAGGGAGAGAAACAUCAGUUUAGGUGAAGAUAAAGUGCUUUGUUACAGUGGUGAUAUUUUGCAAUUGAAGAAAACAUACAAAAGUGGAUCUUUGGACUUGAAGAUAAAGACAGAUUAUUCUAAUACGAAGGAGCUCAAAUCUCUUCUUGCUAGUGGUUCUCUCAUCAAAUCGCUACUCAGUGUCAAUAGUCGAGGCCGGCUUGCUGUUGGAGAAGGUGACAAGGUAGCCAUAUUUGAUGUUGGUCAGCUUAUUGGGCAACCCUCUGUAGCACCUGUGAUGGCGGACAAGGCCAAUGUGAAACCCCUUUCUAAGAAUGUUGUCCGUUUUGAGAUUGUGCAUCUCGUUUUCAAUCCUUUAGCUGAGAACUACCUUGCUGUUGCUGGUUAUGAGGACUGCCAGGUUUUUACUGUGAAUCAUCGAGGUGAGGUGAAUGAUCGUUUGGCUAUUGAACUUUCCCUGCAAGGUGCAUAUAUUAAACGAGUAUAUUGGGUUCCUGGAUCUCAGGUUCAGCUAAUGGUCGUGACCAACAAAUAUGUUAAAAUAUAUGAUUUAUCCCAGGACAAUAUUAGUCCUAUGCAGUACUUAACAUUGCCUGAUGACAUGAUUGUUGAUGCAACCCCUGUUAUGGCUUCCCAAGGUAAGGUGUUUAUUAUCGUCCUCUCAGAGAGUGGCUGCUUAUAUAGGGUAGAUUUAUCAGUGAGAGGAAAUGUGGGGGCCACACCACUAAAAGAAGUGAUGCAAAUGGAGGGAAGAGAUGCACAUCAAAAAGGCUGUUCAUUAUAUUUUUCAUCGAUCCAUGGGUUUCUGUUUGUGUCGUUUCAAGAUGGCACUACUUUAGUUGGCCGGGUAAAUCCUGAUGCAACAUCCUUGACUGAGAUAUCUGCUCUGCUGGAUAAUGAACCUGAUAGCAAUCUCCGGCCAGCUGGAUUGUACCACUGGAAAGAAUUAUUUGGUGAUGGUGCCUUAUUUGUUUGCUUUUCAAGUUUGAAAUCAAAUGCUGCCCUUGCUGUUUCUAUAGGUGAGCAUCAAGUUGCUGCUCAGAACAUGCGACAUUCAGUUGCCUUGACCUCUACUUCUCCUGUAGUUGGUAUUGCUGCUUACAGCAAGCAUUUAUCAAAAGACAAAAUACACUGUCUUGUUUUGUAUGAUGAUGGAAGCCUUCAGAUAUACUUACACGUUCCAGCUGGUGUAGAUACUGACAUAAGUGCCAUUACUGAUAAGGUUAAAAGGCUGGGCCCUGGUAUCCUUAACAACAAAGCUUAUGGUGGUGCCAAGCCCGAAUUCCCACUUGAUUUUUUUGAAAAGACCAUAUGCAUUACACAUGAUGUGAAAUUAAGCAGCGAGGCAAUCAAGAAUGGUGACUCUGAAGGAGUAAAACAGAUUUUAGCUACCGAAGAUGGGUUUUUGGAGAGUCCCAGCCCUGGUGGAUUUAAGAUUACUGUUUCUAAUUCAAAUCCCGACAUUGUGAUGGUUGGUCUACGCCUACAUGUGGGUAACACAUCAGCCGAUCAUAUACCCUCUGAAGUCACCGUUUUCCAGAGAACCAUUAAAUUAGACGAGGGAAUGAGGUCUUGGUACGAUAUCCCAUUCACGGAGGCCGAAUCACUGCUUGCUGAUGAAGAAUUUACAAUUUGUGUUGGGCCUACAUUCGGUGGAUCUGCCUUACCGCGUAUCGAUUCAUUGGAAGUUUAUUGCCAAGCAAAGGAUGAAUUUGGGUGGAAAGAGAAGAUGAAUGAUGUUCUAAACAUGGAAGCUCAUGUACUCGGCUCUAACUCAUGGGUUGUAGGAUCAGGUAGUAAGUCUCAUGCGACUCAGUCUGUUCAAUUUCAGGAACAGAUAAUGGCUGAUAGCCUCAAUAUUUUAUCAAGUAUUUAUGCCUUGUGCAAACCACAAGGAUGCUCAAAAGUUGAGGAUGUUAAGUGCAAGCAGUUGCUGGAAUCAGUCUUUGAGAGUGAUAGAGAGCCCUUGUUACAGUCUGCUGCAUGUCGUGUCUUGCGAGCCAUCUUUCCCAGAAGGGAGAUCUUUCACCAGGUUAAAGAUGCAAUGCGUCUUACUGGUGUUGUUAAAUCUGCUGCAAUGCUUUCUUCAAAAUUGGGUAUUGGGGGGACAACUGCCAGAUGGAUUAUCGAGGAAUUUACUUCACAGAUGUGUGCUGUUUCUAAGAUUGCUCUACAACGUCGCUCAAACUUGGCUAGCUUUAUUGAAAUGAACGGUUCGGAAGUGGUUGAUGGGCUCAUGCAAGUUUUGUGGGGCAUUUUGUACAUAGAGCAGCCUGAUACACAAACUAUGAACAACAUAGUUGUAUCCUCGGUAGAACUUAUUUACUGUUAUGCUGAGUGUCUAGCCUUGCACGGGAAGGAUGUCGGUAGGAUGUCUGUUGCACCUGCAGUGUCAUUAUUUAAGAAGCUUCUGCUGUCAACCAAUAAGGCUGUUCAAACAUCCAGCAGUCUGGCUAUAUCUUCAAGAUUGCUACAGGUUCCUUUCCCAAAGCAAACAAUGUUAGGCACAGAUGAUGCUGAAAACUCUUCCUCUGCUCCAAUUCGAGCAGCAGCUUCCACUGGAGGUAGUGGAAAUACUCAAGUCAUGGUUGAAGAAGAUUCCAUUACUUCCUCUGUUCAAUACUGCUGUGAUGGUUGUUCCACUGUUCCCAUCCUCAGGCGAAGAUGGCACUGUACUGUUUGCCCCGAUUUUGAUUUGUGUGAGGCGUGCUAUGAAGUGCUUGGUGCAGACAGGCUUCCUCCCCCGCCACAUUCUCGAGAUCACCCUAUGACUGCAAUUCCUAUUGAAGUGGAAACCUAUGGGGAUGGAAAUGAAAUUCAUUUUACUACUGAUGAUUUAAGUGACUCUGGGUUGUUGGCUGUUGCAUCUGAUGUUGGAACACAGAAUUCUGGUCCAUCAAUUCAUGAAUUAGAACCGAAUGAUUCAGGAGAAUUUUCAGCAUCACUUCUUGACCCUGUUACAAUUUCUGCAUCCAAGAGGGCUGUCAACUCACUGCUUCUUUCAGAGUUCCUUGAACAACUGAAAGGAUGGAUGGAAACUACCUCCGGAGUUCAGGCUCUUCCUGUCAUGCAGCUUUUCCAUCGAUUGGCUUCUGCUGUUGGCGGACCUUUUUCUGGCAAUUCAGAGCCUGAAAGUCUAGAUUUGGAGAAAUUGAUUAAAUGGUUCUUGGAGGAGAUAAACAUUAGUAAACCUCCUGCAGCUAAAACCCGGACACCUUUUGGGGAAGUCACAAUUCUAGUAUUUAUGUUCUUCACCUUAAUGUUGCGAAACUGGCAUCAGCCAGGAAGUGAUGGUGGCUCUGCUACUAAAUCUGGAAGUACUACUGAAGUGCCAGACAAAAGUGUGUCCACAUCAAUGGCUGCCUCAUCAAUAGUGGAUGGACAAGAGAAAAAUGAUUUCAUAAUUGAUCUACAUCGAGCUUGUGGAACCCUUAGGCAUCAAACAUUUGUUAACUAUCUGAUGGAUAUUCUGCAGCAGUUGGUAAAUGUGUUUAAGUCACCAUCUAUUACCACAGAUGCAUCUUAUGGUAUGAAUGCUGCUUCAGGAUGUGGUGCUUUAUUAGUAAUAAGGAGAGAGGUGCCAGCAGGCAAUUUUUCACCAUUCUUUUCAGACUCCUAUGCAAAAUCACAUCGCUCUGAUAUAUUUGCGGACUACCAUAGACUCUUGUUGGAGAAUACUUUCAGACUUCUUUACAGUUUGAUACGGCCAGAAAAGCAUGAGAAGGGUGUGGAAAAAGAGAAGUCUUGUAAAGUAUCUCUGAGCAAGGAUUUGAAGCUAGAUGGAUAUCAGGAUGUCUUCUGUAGCUACAUAAAUAAUCCACAUACGACUUUUGUUAGAAGGUAUGCAAGGAGGCUCUUCUUGCAUCUAUGUGGUAGCAAGACACACUACUACAGUGUUCGAGACUCUUGGCAAUUCUCAAAUGAUUUGAAGAAGCUCUAUAAACAUAUAAAUAAAUCUGGUGGGUUUGAAAGUACGAUGUCAUAUGAGAGGAGCGUCAAGAUAGUUAAAUCUCUAUCCACCAUGGCUGAAGUUGCUUCAUCCCGACCUCGAAACUGGCAAAAGUACUGCUUGAGGCAUGCUGAUGUUCUACCUUAUCUUGUGAGUGGUGUUUUCUAUUUUGGGGAAGAGUGUUUAAUUCAGACAUUAAAAUUGCUGAAUCUGGCCUUCUAUACUGGAAACAUAUAUAACCACUCUUCACAAAAAGUGGAAGGAGGGGAUAUUGGCACAGUUGCAAGCAAGUCAGGCGUGCCAUUACUUGAAUCUAUGAAGAAGAAAAAGGGGGAAGAGAGUGAGUCAAGUGCUGAAAAAACUCACUUUGAUAUGGAAGCAGUGGUAGAUGUCCUUGUUGGCAAGGGUGGUGAUACACUGAAGCAAUUUAUUGACUGUUUUUUAUUGGAGUGGAAUUCAAGCUCUGUGCGUAUGGAAGCCAAAUUUGUCCUAUUUGGCAUCUGGCAUCAUGGAAAUCAAUCGUUCAAAGAGGCCUUGCUCACAGUACUUCUGCAGAAAAUAAAGUGUUUGCCCAUGUAUGGGCAGAACAUCACUGAAUAUACUGAACUUCUCACAUUCUUAUUGGGUAAGGUACCAGAGAACAGUUCAAAGCAACAAUGUGCUGAAAUAUUAGACAAAUGCUUGACCAAUGAUGUGAUCAGGUCCAUAUUUGACACACUUCACUCCCAGAAUGAGCUGUUGGCUAACCAUCCUAAUUCACGCAUAUAUAACACUUUAAGCGGUCUGGUGGAAUUUGAUGGUUACUAUCUUGAGAGUGAACCUUGUGUUGCCUGCAGCUCUCCUGAGGUGCCAUAUAGCAGGAUGAAACUUGAAAGCAUAAAAUCAGAAACAAAGUUUACAGGAAAUCGCAUCAUUGUCAAGUGUACUGGUAGCUUUACAAUCCAGAGUUUGAUCAUGAAUGUCCAUGAUGCUCGCAAAUCCAAGUCAGUGAAAGUGUUGAACAUUUAUUACAACAACAGACCUGUGGCCGACCUCUCAGAGUUAAAAAAUAAUUGGUCUUUGUGGAAGCGUGUGAAGAGCUGCCAUCUUACUUUUAAUCAGACAGAGCUAAAAGUUGAUUUUCCAAUACCAAUCACUGCAUGUAAUUUCAUGAUCGAACUGGAUUCUUUCUAUGAGAAUCUCCAAGCUUUAUCCCUUGAGCCUCUGCAAUGUCCUCGUUGUAGCCGGCCUGUCACGGAUAAGCACGGUAUUUGUGGCAAUUGUCAUGAGAAUGCAUAUCAGUGCCGACAGUGCCGUAAUAUCAAUUAUGAAAAUCUUGAUUCUUUCUUAUGCAAUGAAUGUGGAUACAGCAAGUAUGGUAGAUUUGAAUUCAAUUUUAUGGCGAAGCCAAGUUUCACCUUUGAUAGCAUGGAGAAUGAUGAAGAUAUGAAGAGGGGCUUGGCUUCCAUAGAGUUUGAAUCUGAAAACGCUCAUAAGAGGUAUCAGCAGCUUUUAGGCUUCAAGAAACCUUUGCUCAAGAUAGUAUCAAGUAUUGGUGAGAAUGAGAUGGACUCACAACAGAAGGAUUCUGUUCAGCAAAUGAUGGUCUCUUUACCUGGGCCUUCCUGUAAGAUAAACCGCAAAAUUGCUCUUCUUGGUGUAUUGUAUGGUGAGAAGUGCAAAGCAUCUUUUGAUAUUGUGAGUAAAAGUGUUCAGACUCUGCAAGGUUUGAGGCUGGUUUUAAUGAACUACUUGCAUAAAAAGCAGUCUGGAAAUUCUACUGCAACAUCUAGAUUGGCUGUUUCAAGGUCGCAAAAUAGUUGUUAUGGAUGUGCUUCUACUUUUGUUACUCAAUGUGUGGAGAUAUUACUGGUGCUAGCAAAGCAUCCGACAUCUAAGAAGCAACUUGUUGCAGCUGGUAUUCUGUCAGAGCUAUUUGAAAAUAACAUUCAUCAGGGCCCAAAAGCAGCUCGUAUCCAAGCAAGGGCAGUCCUCUGUGCUUUCUCAGAAGGUGAUGUGAAUGCAGUUGCGGAGUUGAACACUCUGAUGCAGAAAAAAGUGCUCUAUUGUCUUGAACAUCAUCGUUCCAUCGACAUUGCCCUGGCCACAAGAGAAGAUUUGUCAUUACUAUCUGAUGUCUGUUCUUUGGCAGAUGAAUUUUGGGAAUCUAGACUGAGGGUUGUCUUCCCGUUGUUGUUUUCUUCUAUUAAAUCAGGGGCUAAACAUCCUGCUAUAUCUGAGCAUAUUAUUCUCCCGUGCCUACGAAUUAUUUCACAGGCAUGUACUCCUCCAAAGCCCGAUGUACCUGAGAAAGAGUGUGUGGUAGGAAAAUCUGCUCAGGAUACACAAACAAAAGAAGAAGGCAACACAAAUGUAUCUGCAUCUAGUACGCUCGUCUGUGGAAGCAAACUUGGAUCAGAAUCAAAGAGUUGGAGUGAUUCUCAGCAAGUGCAAGAUAUGCAGUUACUGAGUUACUCAGAAUGGGAAAAAGGAGCUUCAUACCUUGAUUUUGUGAGGCGGCAGUAUAAGGUAUCUCAGGCAGCAAAAGGUGGCCAAAGAUCUCUACUUCAGAGGCAUGAUUAUUUGGCCUUGAAGUAUGGCCUAAGGUGGAAGAGGCGUGUUUGUAAAUCAGAUCGAAGCAAUAUGCCAUCGUUUGAGCUUGGCUCAUGGGUUUCAGAACUUAUAUUGAGCGCAUGCUCACAGUCUAUAAGGUCUGAAAUGUGCAUGCUGAUUAGCUUACUUUGUGGGCAAAGUUCAAUGAGACAACAUCGCUUGUUAAACUUGCUAAUGUCCCUGCUCCCUGCAACUCUUUCUGCUGGGGAAAAUGCUGCUGAAUAUUUUGAAUUGCUUUUUAAGAUGAUAGACUCAGAAGAUACUUGCCUUUUCUUGACUGCCAGUGGAUGCUUGAAAACAAUAUGCAAGUUGAUAACCCAAGAACUGAGUAAUGUUGAAUCCUUAGAGAGGAGUUUGCAUGUUGACAUAUCACAGGGUUUCAUUCUUCACAAGCUUAUUGAACUCCUUGGCAAAUUUUUGAAGAUCCCUAAUAUCAGAUCCAGAUUUAUGAGAGAACAUUUACUGUCUGAGGUACUUGAAGCUCUUAUUGUCAUAAGAGGGCUAGUUGUACAGAAGACAAAGUUGAUAAAUGAUUGCAAUAAGCUUCUGAAAGAUCUUUUGGAUAGUCUUCUGCUCGAGAGAGAUGAAAAUAAACAUCAAUUCAUCCAAGCAUGUAUCUCUGGUCUUCAAAUUCAUGGAGAUGAGAGUAAAGGAAGAACUUCUUUGUUCAUCUUGGAGCAACUCUGCAACUUGAUCAGCCCAUCAAAACUGGAACCUAUUUAUUUCUUGAUAUUGAACAAGGCUCAUACACAAGAAGAAUUUAUAAGGGGAUCAAUGACAAAAAAUCCUUAUUCAAGUGCAGAGGUUGGCCCCCUGAUGCGUGAUGUCAAAAACAAAAUUUGUCAGCAGCUGGAUCUAUUGGGACUCCUUGAAGAUGACUAUGGCAUGGAGUUGCUAGUAGCUGGAAAUAUUAUAUCUCUAGAUUUGAGCAUUGCUCAAGUUUAUGAACAAGUGUGGAAGAAGUCCAGUAGCCAUUCUUCAAGCACUACAGUGGGGACAACAUUAAUUUCAUCUACUUCUGCAGCAUCUGCCAGAGAUUGUCCUCCAAUGACAGUGACUUACCGAUUACAGGGUCUAGAUGGGGAAGCCACUGAACCCAUGAUUAAAGAAUUGGAUGAGGACAGGGAGGAAACCCAGGAUCCAGAGGUGGAGUUUGCCAUUGCUAGUGCAGUUCGGGAAUGUGGUGGACUAGAGAUCCUUUUGGGGAUGGUCCAGCGUUUGCAAGAUGAUUUCAAGUCUAAUCAAGAACAGCUAGUGGCAGUCCUUAAUCUGCUCAUGCUUUGUUGCAAGAUAAGAGAAAACAGAAAAACAUUGCUCAGGCUGGGAGCUUUAGGGUCACUACUUCAAACAGCGCGGAGAGCAUUCCUUGUGGAUGCCAUGGAGCCAGCUGAGGGCAUCCUAUUGAUUGUGGAGAGUUUAACAUUGGAAGCAAACAACAGCCAUAACAUUAGCUUUACUCCGGGUGUUCUUACAGUUUCUAAUGAAGAAAGAGGUGGUGGUGGUGAACAGGCCAAAAAAAUAGUUCUCCUCUUCUUGGAAAGGUUGUCUCAUCCAUCUGGACUUAAAAAAUCAAGCAAACAAGAGAGAAACACAGAAAUGGUUGCACGAAUUUUGCCUUACCUGACCUAUGGAGAACCAGCAGCAAUGGAAGUGCUCAUCCACCACUUCGAACCAUUUUUACAGGAUUGGGUUGAAUUCGAUAGGCUGCAAAGGCUUCAUGAAGAGGAUCCAAAGGAUGAGGGCAUUUAUCAGAAAGCAUCCAAGCAAAAAUUUACCUUGGAAAAUUUUGUGAGAGUUUCAGAAUCCCUGAAAUCAAGUUCCUGCGGGGAGAGGUUGAAAGAUAUUAUAUUGGAAAAGGGAAUUAUCAGAUCUGCUGUUGAGCAUCUAAAAAAUAGCUUUGCAUUUACUGGACAUGAAGGUUACAGAUCUACUGCUGAAUGGACUGCGGGAUUAAAACUGCCAUCUGUUCCCCUCAUAAUGUCCAUGCUAAGGGGGUUGUCAAUGGGACAUUUGGCUACUCAGACUUGUAUUGAUGACGGGGGGAUCUUACCUUUGCUACAUGCUUUAGAGGGUGUUUCUGGUGAAAAUGAGAUUGGAGCAAGGGCUGAAAACUUGUUGAACACACUUUCUGAUAAAGAGGGAAAAGGUGAUGGCUUCUUGUCUGAGAAGGUUUGCCAGCUGAGAGAUGCAACCCGAGAUAGGAUAAGACGCAUAGCUCUAAAGAAAAGGGAACAGUUGCUUAAGGGUCUUGGGUGGGCUUCGGAUGGGGGUGACCGUAUUGUGGUUGCUCAGCCAGUCUUGGAAGGUUUAGAAGAUGUAGAGGAAGAGGAUGGGUUGGCUUGCAUGGUUUGUCGUGAAGGGUACCAAUUGCGCCCCACUGACCUACUAGGUGCCUACACAUACAGUAAAAGGGUGAACCUUGGUGUUGGAACUUCAGCAAAUGCACGCGGAGGAGAUUGUGUUUACACAACAGUCAGCCAUUUUAACGUCAUACACUUCCAGUGUCACCAUGAGGCUAAAAGGGCAGAUGCUGCCCUGAAGAAUCCAAAGAGGGAGUGGGAUGGUGCAGCACUUAGAAACAAUGAGACACUCUGCAAUAAUCUCUUUCCUUUAAGGGCUGCAUCAGUUCCAAUAGGUCAGUAUGUGCGUUAUGUGGACCAAUACUGGGAAUAUCUCAAUGCUCUAGGGCGUGUUGAUGGAAACCGGCUACGGCUUUUAACCUAUGACAUCGUUUUGAUGCUUGCUAGGUUUGCAACUAGGGCUUCAUUUAGUGCAGAUAGCCGAGGCGGGGGGAAGGAAAGUAAUGCACGUUUUUUGCCCUUCAUGAUACAAAUGGCACGUCACCUUCUUGAGUAUGACUCUACACAGCAGCGGCAUACAAUGGCGAAGUCCAUCUCAACUUAUCUCGCCCCAUCCUCAGAACCCAAAAACACAAGUGCUGCUGCCGCCGCCGCCGCUGGAACAGAAGAAACGGUCCAGUUCAUGAUGGUUAGCUCCCUUCUGGUGGAAUCAUAUGAGUCAUGGUUGGAUCACCGUUUUGGGUUCUUGCAGCGGGGAAUAUCCCACGCGUACAUGCAGCACACUCAUGGCCGGCGCCCGAACCCCUUGGGCCCAGCAGGAGGAAACAGUACAACAGUAACAACAACUAGCGACGAAUCAGGCGGUGACUUGUUGUCUAUAAUACAACCGAUGCUCGUGUACACGGGUUUGAUCGAACAACUCCAGCGCUUCUUCAAGGUAGCGACAGUGACAAAGAAAGCAGUCACAGAGAGUUCAUCUGGAUCCAAGGAGGAAGGAGUGGAGGGACUGGAAGGUUGGGAAGUGAUUAUGAAAGAGAGAACUUUGAAUGUGAAGGAGAUGGUUGGGUUCUCCAAGGAGUUGCUUUCUUGGCUGGACGACAUGCUUUCGGCGUCAGAUCUGCAGGAGGCUUUUGACGUCCUCGGAGUUUUGAGCGACGUGCUCUCUGGCGGCAGGGGCGGCGGCCGUGGCUUUGCUUCAUGUGAGGAUUUUGUUCGUGCUGCAAUUGAUGCUAAAACCCCAUGAAAAAAAAUAUUUCCCGUUGUUUUUGUGUACUCAUUGUAAUGUAAUGAGCCUUGUACUGUAACUAUAAAUGUAUGAUCAAUCAGAUACUUCUUAGAGUUCUUUCACAUCAGAUUAUAAUAAUAAUAUGUUUUGAUCCGA